AUGAAGUUCACCACACUCGCCCUCUUUCUAGCCCCCCUCGCCCUGGCCCAAGAGCCCACCGCCGUCGGAGGCUCGGGUCUCGCGAAACGCGCAGCCAUAUCCGCGACAGUCCAAGUUGACGGCCUGAGAUACCGCACAUGCCCCAAGACAUCCUGCUCCGCGCCAGGCCAAUUCGCAAAGGGCAAGAAAAUCACGCUGUCUUGCUAUACGCGAGACAACACCGAGACCAUCAAUGGUGAC